CAUACGAUUGUUUGACAAACACCAUUAAACCACAGAGGAAGAAGCUCAUUGGCUUUCUGUUGUUUUGUCUUGAUGCUGGUUUAAUACAGACUGUUAGAAAUGAACCUUCUGUAAAUAGAAAAAUAAGAGUUUUUGAAUCAGGUCAAUAAAGACUUGUAAUAUUCUCAUCCUCACAGUCGUGACUAAGUUUUGAAGCAAGCAGGAAUAUCUGGAGGAGUAUCAUCUGAACUGAGAUCUGCUGCUGUGAAGAUGGAGUUUGUUAAAGAGGAGAGUGAAGAGGACAUCAGUGAACUAGAAACCUGGAGAAUAAAACAUGAAGAACCAGAACCCUUGAGAAUAAAACACGAGGAACCAGAACCCUUGAUAAUAAAACAGGAGGAACAAGGAGAGUUUAAUGAAGGAAAGGAGGAGAAUGUAGAAUUGAGUGAAUUUGAAGAAAGUUGCUCUCAAACCAAACAAAAAGAUUUGAAGAAAAGAAGAACCAAGAAAUCUUUCACCUGCACUCAGUGUGGAAAGAGUUUUACAAGCAAAUAUAGACUUAAUGUUCACAUGAGAGUUCAUACAGGAGAAAAACCGCACACAUGUGAUCAGUGCGGGAAGAGUUUCACAAUAAAAGGACACCUUAAUAGGCACAUGAGAGUUCAUACUGGAGAGAAACCAUUCACUUGUGAUCAGUGCGGGAAGAGUUUCACACAAUCAGCACAUCUUAAGGAUCACAUGAACAUCCACACUGGAGAGAAGUGGCAUACGUGUGAUCAAUGCGACAAAACAUUUUUGAGGGCAUCAGACCUGAUGAAACACAUGAUAGUUCAUACAAAGGAGAAACCACAUUCAUGUUAUUUGUGUGGAAAGAAUUAUUCAUGUCUUCAAAGCUUGAAAGAACAUCAGAAAAUACACACUGCUGUGAGAGAGCAUGUGUGCUUUGUGUGUGAGAAGACUUUUACUUUAGCUAAAUAUUUAAAACAGCAUGAAAGGAUUCACUGUGGAGAAACACCUUACGAGUGUUCACACUGUGACAAGAGAUUCAGUCAGGCAGCACUUCUGAAAAGACAUGAGAAGAUUCACACUGGAGAGAAACCUUACAAGUGUUCACACUGUGACCAGAGAUUCAGUCAGUCAGGAAAUCUGAAAAGACACGAGAGAAUCCACUCUGGAGAGAAACCUUACAAGUGUUCACACUGUGACAAGAGAUUUUGUCAGUCAGGAGACCUGAAAACACACAAGAGGAUCCACUCUGCAGAGAAGCCUUACAAGUGUUCGCACUGUGACAAGAGAUACAGUCAGUCAGGAGACCUGAAAACACACAAGAGGAUCCACUCUGGAGAGAAACCAUAUCACUGCACUGCAUGUGGGAAUCGUUAUAAUCAAUCAUCUGCUCUACACAGUCAUAUAAAAAACAUUCACAGCAAGUAGAUCAUCUUCAGAUCAGCACUUUCAGGUCUGAUGCUGCAUCCCCGUCAAAUGAAACACAAUAAUGCAUCAAGCAGUAAAAAAUCAUCUGGAUAAAUCUGUCCUAACCAGUCAUUACUAGAGACUAAGAAACAUUAUUUAAAGUUUCACAGUGAAUAAAGUUCAUCUUCAUCUUCAAAACCAGCAGAUUCAACUGUGAGAUUCUGAUCAACUCAAAGAUGGAGUUCCUCCCCAGAGAAAAAUGUCAGAAAGUUUAAUUCUUGUAUAUCAUUGUGUUUUCUUAUAAAUUUCAUAUUAUGUUCAGUUGUCUUAUAAUGCAUAAGUGUCACCUGUAGUUUGCUUAGUUUGCUUUUGAUGUUUGAUGUAAAUUAUUGUGGUAUAUUAGAGGAAAUCUAGUGUCUUGAGGACGUGUGUGUGUCUGUUAAGUCCACGUGACCAUAGUAAUACAUUAUUAUUUAUUAAUACAUUAUUAAGUUUACACCACUAAUCUAUAAUAGAGAACUGGUAUUGCUAUUCCGUAGUAUUCCCAUACAUUCAACUGAAUUAAGAAUAAAUCGUAUGAUUUUAAUGAGAAAACAUUACCAAACGAGUCAGUGUUUUUAUAUCUGAAGUAUUCCUUUACAUUCUUACAGCGCAAAUGUCCAGCAUUUAGAAGGUAAUAUCACAGACUAAAUUUUUUCUGUACAACAAUGAGACCUGUACUGGGGAUUUUUUGUAUCCUCCGUCACAACCUGGCAGUCCUAUGCCUACUCCUUUUCCACCAGACACUGCCGCCGAGCUCAAGGCUUCAUCACAGCCACCGCUCUGCUCGACCAGCCACACGCUUUCCACAACACCGAGGCAUAACCUCGCCUCCACCGGUGAGACUUCCAACUUCUUCCCUGGCAUCCCUGUAUCAUUUGGCCAUGCAAAUAUCAUCUGAUCGGAAAGUGGAUUUAAUCCUGAAGCAAACACUGAUUUAUUCAGACAAAUCAUUCUCACGGAGGGUAAACAAAGUGGAUCUGUACAAUCUAUUCUUCAUCCUGCAAAUUAUCCAAGUCGGUCAAUAGAUCAAGCAAAGCCCCGAACUUGCCUCGCUUGUCACCCCCAUUGUCCAACACAAGACCCGGAUCUCCUCGAGCUUUGGGUCGCAGCGGCAGGCCUCAAAUAAGCCUGGGCUGUGUCCCACUUCUCACCGCAGCAAAACCUCAAUCGCUUCCUACUUCAACUCAACUUUUUCACCGCGGCUCUUCCACAGCGCUGCAUGUAGCCAGACCUCCAGCUCUUGUAGCCAUAGACAUGGAUACUAUUAUAACUCAUGUCUAUGCUUGUAGCAGUCGCUAGCGCGAGGCUGCCUCCGCUGAUAGCGUAGGCCGUGUUGCAAAUUAUGUUUUUAGUUAAAGAUGCUAAAGGUAGGUUGUUUGUUGCUAAAAGUUUUUAAAUAACAUCAUGGAUGCUGAUGUCAUUUUUGUAACCAUGACACAAAACUGCGUAGAACACAAUGAAAUUACUCACAUUUUCUGUAUUAAUUUUCACUAGCAUUUUACCUGUAUUUUAAAUCCCACAUUGUACUUGCAUAGACAGAUAAGAUGGAAAUUGAUUUGAUAAAUUAAGUUCAACGCUGUACCUAAAUAAUUUAUAAUUAUAGGUGUAAACUAAUAACUAAGGCAUAUCAUAAAGAAACCAUUAAAAUUAUUGAACAAGUGCAACUGGCAACCUGAUUUGCAUGCGUUGUGCAUACUGGUAGGCACCUCUCUCCAAGUCUCUACCAGCUGAUGUGCUGCUUGGCUGGGUAGCCAUUUCAAUACUUACUGCUUUUUGUGUGGCUAAGAGGAAAAGAAUGUCUUUUCGUAAUUUUAUUUUUAUUUUAUUUUAUUUUUAAUGUUGUCAAAGACAUAAUUUCUCCUGCUACUUCUAACCUAUAUAAAGUUUAUUUUCAGUGGUCUCCAGCUCCCGUAACACACGCUAGCAUGAGGCUGUUUCUGCUAGCUGUGCAGGCUGCACAGGCUUUUCAGCAUUUCCCCCCAAAUAUCACAAGCCCCCGUGGGCUACAGCUACAGCAGCUGAAGCUAGUGCAAAGCUGCUUACGCAGGCAAUACAUGCCCUCACAUCUCAGUCUUUUCCUCCUGCUACUUCUAAUCCUUUUUCUUUUCAGCGGCCUUCAGCUCCCAUAGCAGACGCUAGGGUUUCCUCUGCUAGCCAUGCAGGCUGCACAGGCUCUUCAGGAUGUCACAAACCCCACUCCCUCCCCAUGGCCUACAGCAGCUGAAGGAAGUGUGAGGCUGUCUCAGCUUGCAACUUAGGCCAACACAUCUCAGGCUUUUCCUCUCGUUUCUAAUGACCACUUUUUCUUUUCAGUGGCCUCCUGCUCCCAUAGAAGAUGAUUUAAACGUCUGGCUGCCUCUGCUGACAAUUGCAGCCCAUGCUCUUCUUCCUCAUAGCUCCCUACUUCAUUUAAAAUUACAUUGUCUUCCAGAUCAAGUUCCGGCUCUCCUCGAGCUUCAUGCCGCAUCAAGUUUGGGCCAUACCUCAGAUUCAGAUGCUUCUCACAAUGCACUGCCUCCCUCCUCCUCUCAGCCAAUCACUGCACCACCUUCAGCUGCCGCACUGCAUACAACGUUGCCCACUGGCGUGGCUUCUCAACCUCCAUUUCUUUCCACUCUACCUCCGGGUGUAGAUGCUAGCGUGAGGCUGCCUCCGCUAGCCGCUCAAGCUCAGCCACCUUACUUUUACCAUUCCAUUUUUCCUUUUCCCCAUCAAUGGCCAAAAGCCCCCGCUGCAGAUGCCCAAGUAUGGCAUUUUCAGCCUGCAACACAAGCAUACUGGUCUCCUCCCUAAUUUCCAUCUUUCUCUUCCUCUUCCUAUGGGCUUCCCCAAGCACCAGGGGCUAAUCUGUGCGUGAGGCUGCCUCCGCAAACAGUUACGGCCCCUCCUUAUAUUCCUUAUCUAACUUCUACCCAAGCUAAACCUCAGUAUACUUUAUUCACAGCGGCCUGUCUACCUACUCCACUGAAUGCUGCCACUCUGGAACGACCUCUUGUGCCUAAUACCAUCAAAUCUCAGAUUCUCGCAGAAAUUCCUAGAUGCCAUGUUUCUAUUGGCUUUGUCGGUUUUCUGAGAUGCUCAGAAAUUGCAAUAACCCCUAAAUUUAACCCCGAACUCCACCCGACAAUCUCUGAUUUGUCCAUACUUGAUAGCAAAACUGGACCAAGAAAGGAAAGGCCACUACCUAUACAUUUUUAAUCUCCCAUCUCCAAUUCAACCUUAUCAGGCUCUCUUUUCUUAUGUCCAACUCCGGAACGCUCAAUCUAAAUCCGCGCUGGACCCUCUCUUCUGUGCUGUGAUUGUUUCAUGUUUCUAUGUUUAUUUUGUGUCUGAGCUCAAUCUUAGGCUUUGUCUUUGUUGUUGUUUGCCAUGUGCUCUUCUCAUCCUGCCUCCUCGUUUCCCGUUACCACGCCCCUGUGUUUAUUCCUUUUUUGUCCGAAUGUUGAAACCUGUUCCUCAUGUAUCUGAUCAUGUUUGUUUGAGUGUUUUCACCUGUUGCUCUUGUUCUCUGCCUCUAUAUAUUAUUCUCAUUUUCCCUCUUCUGAUGUCAGUUCAUUGUUCUUACAUCUUCAUGUUUGCUAGCUUGUCUAACCUUUUUGUGAUACUGAGUAUUCCCUGCCUAGUUGAUUUGUGCUGUUUUAGUCUUUUGUUAGUCACUAGUCUAGUCCUGCCCUUUCGUGCAGGCUGUGCUCCAGGUCUGGUCCCUUUAUCGGUCAUGCAGCUAGUCCUGUGCUGUGCCUGUGAGACCACGAGUGUGGAGUGACUUAGCCUCAUGUUCCUGUCAGGCCAUCGCUGCUAACCUCCAUCUGUGCUUCCUUCACUGUUCACUGGCUGACUGCAAUCCUGGACUGGACUCUGUUGUCAUUUUCUCAGCCCACCUAUCUACGAGUCUUUCCCUGCCUAUUGUUUGGACUGUGUUCACUCCUCUCCUCACCUACUCUUGUCCUGUUUGCAGUUUGUCUAAUAAAUCUGAUAGCACUCACUCUGCAUUUGAGUCCUUCCUCCAGAUCCUUGACAGAAUUAACUGACCAGCAUUGGACUCAUCAGAAUGAUCAUCAGAAUCCUGCCACCUGCUAAUUCCCGGUAGAGACAGGCUCGCCAUCAAGGUCUGGCUAACCUUCGCCAACAGGGCUGGGAGAUAGGCGCAUUUACCCUGUUUUUCUGAACAAUGUCAAGGGGGCUUGAUUAUGAUGAUUACCACCCUAAUUUUCUGGGGACUUCUCCAGGUAUCUUGGUCAUCACAUCCAGUGGGGAAUGCCUCCACCACCUAAGCCAGCAUGCAGCGACCACACUCCCCCACUUCCCUUUUCAAGUUAAUACUGUUCUGACUCCUAUUCAGAAGCAAAGGACAAGAAGGAAGAGGGCACAUCAGUAUGCUGUAUCAAUUUAUGACUCCGAUACCUUCCCAGUCACCCCUGCGUCUACUGAGAUCACUCUUGUUUCCCCUGAAACAGUCUAGUCAACUGAUGUCAUCCUACCCAGACAUACAAGUCAGUCCCAGUUAUUUUUUGAGUCUGUUGAAUCAACGUCAGCUUUCCGAGAGAUAAUUAAGAGCACUGCUGAUAUCUCUACUCCAGUCAAGGCCACUCCAGUCACUCCAGAGCCAGUCAAGCCUGCUCCAGUCAUUCUUGACCCAGUAACAUCCAUUCCUGUCAUUCCAGAGCCAGUCAACCCUGCUUAUUUCUUUCCCAAUGUGGGGAGUUAGCCGCUAUCCAGUCAGUUCUUGUAAUUCUAAGUCAGAGUCAACUUCCGUCAUCCCUGAAUCAGUCACCUUCACUACCAUUAUCCAGGAGCAAGUUGUCAACCACAGUCAUCGCUUAGUCAAGGAGGUUUGCAAAAGGUAUUGCAAAAAAGGAGAAUGGCCUGUGCUGUUUAGUCUAAUGCCCUUCCUGUUAUAUCCACUGAAGCCAAACUUAUGAAUCUUGUCUUGUCCACAGAAUGUGUUACUGCCUGUCAUGUCAUUUCCACAGAGGUGCUUCCUAAGUUGGCUGCUUCUCCUGUCAUGGCCACAGAGGCUGAGGCAUUCAUUUUGUCUGUUCCAGCCAGGCAGGCCAUUUCCAAGCUGCUUGCUUCCCUCAUUGCCUUUACAGAUGCUUUUCCUCUAAGUCUUGUGAAGUCAACAGAUGAUCCUGUUAAUCAAGUCAUGUCCACAGAGGCCCUUCCUGAACAGCCCAAUCUCACUGUAUUGGCCACAAAGGCCAUUCCAGCAGCUCUCAUUCAGCCCGUUAUGGUCAAGGAGGCCAUAUCAGAGUUUCCUCCUGUCCCUGUUGUGCCCCAAGGGGGUGUUCCUGAGCGGCCUGCUCUCAGAGUUUUGGUCAAGGGGGCCAUUCAAGUGGCUCUCAUUCAGCCUGUUAUGUCCACAGUGGCCACCCCCUAGCACCCUGAUCUCACGAAAACAAAUUCCUCGUAUGUGUAAACUGCAUAGUAAUAAAAGCUGAUUAUUUUCAGUUGAACUGAGUUUGCUAUACAUGCUUACAUUCACAAAUUAAAAAAUUUUCUAAUUUAUUUCAUAAAUUUAACUUUAUUAAUUUUCACAAUUAUUUAUUCAUGUCACACACAGAUAUACCUAGUGCCUUUUGACUAAAAUAGAAGGCGUGAGUUGUAAAUGUUACGGACAUAUUAUCAUGGAACUUGUUAGAAAGGUUGGGUCUGUGCGCAUGCGCUGCCUUUGACAUGUCUGCAUGUGCAGAAAGUGCGAGAGUGACUCAGCAGGAAAGUGCAAAGACUGCGUGGGUUGAUGUGUGCGUCAGUGAACAAAAGUAAGUUAUCUGAUUAUUAAGUUAGUAAUAAUUGCUAGUUGAACAGUUCAUUAUAAAUGUGUUUAUUGCGUCUGCAUGUUAGCACGUUGUUUAAGCAUUUAUCAGUGUUAAUCGCCAGUCACACAGUUUCAUGCACAUUUGAAUAUGCCUUGCUGACAUGAUCAUAAUGACUCGAGUUCUCGCAAACUAUGGUGUAAUAAUGUGAACAAAUGUCAGAUUUCGUAUUCCACUGUAUGUAAAUGCCAUAUUAGUAACUAAAUCGCUGUUUAUUUGAUCUUUUUGGACACAAUGUUCAUGUCUAUGUGCAGUUUAUGUAAAUUACCUCAUAAGCGGUUUGAGUAUGAAAGCAGUUGCCAUUUCUAACCACUAGGUGGUAGUGGUGUUAUAAAGUUUCAUUGUUUAUAUAGUUUGAUUAUUUGAUAAUGUCUAACCUGAGAAUUUAAUAAAUUAUUUCAUGUGAA